CGUGUGUAUCAAAUAAAUCAAGUUCUCUAAAUACGUCAUUGAAAUAAAUAUUUUCGGUAAAAUAUAAAUCAUUUAUAAACUAUAGGAUUUCUAUUACAAAUCCUAACCACGUUGAGUACAAUUACAAAUUCGCCGUUCUUUGAGGAUAAUACACAGACGAAGCAACAAAUUUUUUAUGCGAAAUUUGUGAGGUCGGAAUUUUCCGAAGGAGUGUUCGGGUGCUAACGCAAUACAUCUGCAUGACUGACAUUCGCCUUUGUUUAUAUUCUUUCUGAAUUGUGAAAUUGCUAUUUGCGUUUAUUUGCACUUCGACGAAAUCUUCCAAAGUACGAGUAAUAACAGCCAAUUGCAAAGAAAUAAUUGUCAUCGAUUUGUUAUGUCCGGUGGAGCACUAAUAACAUUAAAGGAAGAUGCAACUGAAGCGGGCGCUAGUAGCAACGGUAGUGGGGGCAAUUCCAAUAUGGCACAUAAUCAACAAGCAUCCGGAUCCGGAAAUGUAAGUGGCGCUUCCAGCCAUAAUGUGAACGGUGGCAAUGGAGGUCCUCCAGAAGGUACACGCCAAAACAGCUUACAACGUAUUCAAUUGCGCAAACAAAAAGUCUUCAAUUUGCCCGUACCACAAAAGCUGGCCAAAUUAUCCAUGUACUCGGCUUGUCAAAGCGAAGGUUGUCGCUGCACAGGAUGGAAAACACCACAAGAAAAUCGCCAUCGAGAUGUAGAAUCUUCAUCUUAUUGUCCAGAAUUCACCGAAGAAUGUCGCAGUUGUAGACAUGCUUUACAAAAUCAUAUCGCACAUCUUGAUGGAAUAUCCGGUUCGCAAAUGAACGACCUGUUGGGCGCAAUAAUAGAUAUGGAAAACUUAUUUAUGUCGAUGCAGCGUGUAGAAGAUGAGGAUACGAAAAAAGUGUAUCUAUAUUUAUUUCGACUCCUUCGUCAAUGUGUGCUAACACGGCAACAAGCUGUAAUUCGUGGACCACUUGGCGAUCCUCCAUUUGAAACGCCCUGCAUUGCCAAAGCAGUUUCGUCAUUUGUAUUUUAUAAAUACAAUCAUUUAAGUCAGAGUGAAUUGCAAACAAUGACGGAAGUGGCCAAAACAUUUCUUAAUUUUUUGAACCAUUACAAUUUUGAGCCACCAUCAAUGCGUCGCUCUGGUCUAACACAUGAAGAUGCUUCGACUUAUAAAAUUAACUAUACGCGGUGGCUAGUAUUUUGUCACGUACCCGCCUUUUGCAAUUCUCUGCGACAUUUUGAAACAUCGCUGGUAUUUGGUCGCACUUUGCUACGUACCAUAUUUAAGUAUAUGGCUGAGCAACUAAGAAACAAAUGUACUUCGGAACGUGAUCGUUUUCCGGCAGACAAACGGUCAAUUAUAACGCUAAUGCCAAAAUUCUUAGAUGCGUUAAAGUCUGAACUCUUAAAGGACGACUCGCCGAUUUGGGAUCAAGGAUUUCGUCUGUCGCCUGCAUUUAUAAUACAACAGCGUAAACGUCUGCAAGAAUCAAAUGCAGGACCUGCAACGGGUAGUAAACGAACUAGCACCGGAGAACCCGCACAUAAAAGAGCUAAAAAAGAAACGAUUGAUCGUGCCAUUGGCGAUGGCCACUUUGAGGAUCUCACGGAUGAAACCGUUGUGCGUGCGAUGAAAGCCAUUUCUGAAUCAAAAGCGAUUAAUAAAUCAGAAAUCCUAUUUCCCGUCAAUGUGUCUCGUGAUGAGAACGUUAAAGCUGAAGAACAACAACGAGCCAUUGAAUUUCAUGUUGUUGGCAAUUCCUUGACAAAACAAGUCGAUAAGCAAACUAUAUUUUGGCUUAUUGGUCUACAAGCUGUAUUUGCAUAUCAACUGCCGGAAAUGCCACGUGAAUAUAUAAGUCAAUUAGUUUUUGAUACAAAACACAAAACAUUGGCGCUCAUUAAGGAAAACCAACCAAUUGGUGGUAUUUGCUUUCGGCCCUUUUCCAGUCAGGGCUUUACGGAAAUAGUUUUUUGUGCCGUUACCAUGUCCGAGCAAGUUAAAGGAUAUGGUACACACUUGAUGAAUCAUCUGAAGGAUUAUAGUAUUAAACAUGGCAUACGACACUUGCUCACAUACGCUGACUGUGAUGCCAUUGGUUAUUUUAAAAAGCAAGGUUUCUCCAAGGACAUCAAAUUGGCACGCCCCGUUUAUGCCGGUUUUAUAAAGGAAUACGACGGUGCCACACUGAUGCAUUGCGAAUUGCAUCCAAGCAUUGUGAAUACACAGUUUAUAUCAGUUAUACGUAAACAGAGUGAAAUACUUAAGGAGUUGAUUGCACAACGUCAUAAUGAAGUGCAAAAAGUGCGUCCAGGUUUAACAUGCUUCAAGGAGGGUCUACGCUCAAUACCAGUCGAAUCGAUACCGGGAUUGCGUGAGAUUGGUUGGAAACCCCAAAUGCGUGCACAACGUACAUCACGUCCGCUAGAGGAAUCCUCUGAUCCGGAAAAGUUAGCUGCAUCAUUUACCGCUAUACUACAAUCGUUGCGUCAACAUCAAGCAGCUUGGCCUUUCCUACGCCCAGUACCGGCUGCUGAAGUACCCGAUUACUAUGAUCACAUUAAAUAUCCCAUGGAUUUAAAGACAAUGGGGGAGCGCCUCAAACAGGGUUACUAUGUGACGCGUCGCCUAUUUAUGGCCGACAUGGCGCGUAUUUUCUCAAAUUGUCGUUUCUAUAAUUCACCAGAGACUGAAUAUUAUCGUUGCGCAAAUUCUUUAGAGCGUUACUUUCAAACCAAGAUGCGGGAGUUGGGUCUGUGGGAUAAAUGAUGUUGCGCCCUUAAUGCCGCCGUCGAUAUGCUAAGCGAACACGAACGUGUCGCAGAUGAACACAAUGCAAGCAAUCCGGCAGCAACAACUACAGAUAGUGUGAAUUUGCAGCAGGUCGACAAUAAUGGUAGUGGCGGUGUUGAUGGCGACACUAAUAUUGUUUUAACAGUUAAUUUAGGUUUCGUCUCUCCGUUGCCGGAGGAUAUAUUUAAAAAUUAAAUUAAAUGGGUUAUUGAGAUAGAAAAAUGAAUAAAUGAAUGAAUAAAUUAUGUAAA